UCGGCCGCGUCUUCCAUCUGUGUAAAUGUCCUUGAGCGAGCUUACACGGAACUCGUUUCAGAGUGGUGUAUCGGCAAAGAAAUGGGUUAAUCUGUGCAAGCUCUUCCUUACGAACAAUAACAUUCACGCGGCAAGCGAUGAUAUUCAAUCGAGCAUCAGUAACUCCGUGCUGAUCCUGUUCCAUAAUUAUCCCGGUGACCCUGGCUUACAAGCCUAUCUGAAGUACGCAAUACAAGAUGGGCUGCUAUCGUUGGCCAAGUUUGUGUCGACCUUCCUUUCUGCCGCUCGUUCCCUAGAGUUACACAACGCAGCAACCCUUGACAUGCUCUGCAGAGUCGCUCUAGACUCCCACUACGAGUCGGGCAUACCUCCCAUAGGUUCUCUCGUCGCCUAUUCGGAAUCGGCCAUGGAAGUUAUGGGAACAGUGCAAGACGCUAUGGCUCUUAUACGAACUGCACACUCGCUCCCGAUGUCUCAUUUCCACCAACUCACAACGUCUGCCUCGGAACUCCUUGUUUUGCUCCUAUCUUGCGCUGUGGACGUAUCUCAGGUAUCAACCGCUCAAGCCAGCAUGCUCUUUAUGGAUGCAGCCGACUUGUUGCAAACUGUGCGAUUGGCACCCGCUGUGUACCAAAAACUGGAGAGCUUCGUCGGUUCUAUACACAAAGUCUUAGUUGACGGGGAGAAGGCGGCGCGAGAAGAGCAGAUCAUGCAAACUUUACACUUGGCUACUGGGAAGAGCAGUCUCGACGUCGGACCAGAAACAGAUCCAGUAACGCUUGGCCUCAUGUUCCACAGCAUUAUUACCGCCAGAGCGCAUGCAUUUGGCGCCGGAGAUAGCAAGAACAUGACAGCCCUUUUGUUAGCAUGGGUUCGGUGGUCUUCGUGGAGUCCUGCCGUCUUCUACAGCCAGCUUCUGUUGUCUGCCAUAACUUGUCUGGCGGAACAGCAAGCGAUCGGCGCCCCGCAUUCCACAGCACUGCUAUGGCGCUCAUUCGUGAUAGGGAGGCUACCUUUUCUGCUAAGUAUGCUCCAAAAGGUCGCAGAAUCGACAGGAUCUGCAGAAACGGACUGGCAACCAGCGUUCAAGCUAGCACUAACCACGGUCUUACGCCGAUCCGACGUCAUCGAAAAAUGCGAUGCAAACCAACAUUUUGGACACGAUAUGGGCGUAAGCAAAGCGACAACUCCCCGCCCGUUUGUCCUGGAAUUUCUGCAUCAGUCCCAAUCUGCGGGUCUGAUCGACAGUUCAUAUGCUGCCACACUCCACCCCGAACUGCUCAACGACUUCCGUUCACGGCUUGAAACAGAAGCGCAGGAUGCGGGUAUGAACAUGAAAUCGUAUUUUGAAACGAAACUGGCUGCAGACACCAACAUUGACGAUGCUUCUGCUCUUCUGGAGCGUAUGUGUGCAGACCCUUGCAGCCACGCAGUUUUUGCACACGUGGUCGAAAAGAGGGUCAGGGCACUUGUAGGCACCCUUGACGUCGAACCGCUCAGCUUCUUGUGCAAAGCUUUCUACCGAUGCGAGGCUGCGCUUGACAUACUGUCUCUCCACAUCAGAAUCUCGGACUUUGUGGCUUGUAUACUGGCGUUUAUUGAGGACUACGACUGCGAGACUGUGGGUGACCCUCAAACCGCAGUAAGCCAUCUUGGGGAGGUUGUCUUGUUUGUGCAAGAAACGAUCGCUCGCUUCGAUCUGACCAGGACAGAGUUCGUCUUGGAUGAACGCCGACUCAGCUUAGACAUCUAUAAGACGGCCGCUCGAGUGCGGCCAAUGACAGCACUUAACGCAGAAGAAACGAAUGCAUUUCACGCAUGGUACAAGGCUCUCUUCGAUACCAGUAGCGAGGGAAUUGAGGACACGAUCCUUCGGAAUACUCGUCCGAGGACGCUCUUGCGAAUCACUGCCACUUUGUUUGCGCACGCGAUCACCAUGUGUGCGCGGCGGAGGAUCGACAAAGACGUACUCAAUAACGGCAUAUCUUACUUUUUGGGCGUGUUGCUUAAUUGGACGCUAUCCGGCAUUGUCAAAUCCUUAUUGGUGAUCGUUCAACAUGAAGGGCUGGAUCCUUCCCUCCAUUUGGAAGUCCUGCAGACAUUGGUCCUCUCGACGUUAUGUCCGCGUACAGUCAUUCGCCUGUCUGCGUCGAGUCUACUUAGGGCAUUUCCCGCGCACAAGCAAGAGCGGGCCAAAAUACCGGCUUUAGACACAGCACCCAUUCGGCGGGUUGCGCUGGAAUCGCUCAACUUGCCCGUCGAAGAGAGCAAUCGGACCUCUCUAUCGCUCGGUUCGCAAAAUUCCAGUUGGACGGACGUUACUGCGCAAGCGAUCAGCACAGUGCUAUCUGCGGCGCAGGCGGGGAAGGCCCACGGCCUUGAUGUUGACCGAGCCCUCGUUGUCACAUCACCUACCACGUUCCUCCAUCUUCUCUGGACGGAAUGCAUGAAGAACAUGAACAUGGGCAGCAUCGAAGCUGCGAAGCGAGUCGCUACCUUCGUGCUUGUAAUGCCACGGCGCCCGCGUUCUCCGCCUCUCCUACCUAUUUUCCUUCACGGUCUCUUGCCGGGGCUCGUAGCGGCAGUUGACACCCACAACACUGCCGACUUCCAGAGCCCUGCGGACGCCCACAAUCCUGCCCAACAAGCGAUGACCGUAGAGCUUAUAGGGGCGAUUGUGUCGUCAGCCCUGACGGCAGCCCUCCAUCUUGAAUGGGCGUUGCAUACCGCUUGUGAUGAACAACGUCCAGUCUUGGGACAUUCCGCAACUGCAAUGGCCCGCCGGUUGGGGAGUGACCUACGUAAUAAAAGCCACGGGCCCACGAGUGCCAUCCUCGUGCAGCGUUUAGCCUCAUCACCAUCCUUCAUGACUAACUUCCCAACGUUCAUGGCCGCUUAACCAGCGGACACGCACAACACGUGUGGGGUAACUUGUAGAUUGCUCCGAGAUUGAAAUUACAAUGGCAUGCACUAUAUGUAAAAUAUGGGGGGAAUCCGGAUAUGUACGUUUGAGCCGUAUCACACAUCAACGGGCGGCGGGGCUACGAAGGAGGCAUGUGAGAAGACACCUGCGACGGUUUCAAUGGGAUGCUCACGACAACAGGCGUUUUCGGACGGGUUGCAUUCUUCAUCCGGAGGGCAG